UGGACGCUCGAGGAAGCCGCAGACGUCUGGACGUCCAGCGUUGAGGUUAAAAAUAUUAGUCUCCCUCGGAUUGUUUUCUAUAAAUAGUUAGAAAUUAUAAAAUCACAUCCUUGUUGCUGAAAGAACAAUUAUUUCGAGUGGAAACGGCGGUUUUGGAGGGAGUAAAUUUUUUUUGCAGUUAUAAAUGCGUGAAGUCAUGCGAUAACUCGCGUUCGUGGUGAAUGUGGUUGUGUAUUUGUGAUUGAUAAUGGCGAAGCAAUUGUCGAGCUACUGGGUAAAAUUUUUCACCAGUGCUGGAUUUCCACUGGACGUAGCGACAAAGCAUGCGGUAGUAUUCUCGAGCAAUCGAAUAAAGCCAGACAUGCUGCCAGACCUGGACAAGCCAAGUCUGAAGGAGAUGGGAAUCACCCUGAUGGGUGACAUGAUAGCAAUCCUCCGUUACGCGAAGAAAGUCUCCGAGGAGAUGACCUGCGAGCGUUUUCUGGUGGAGACGAAGGCGAUAACACCACCGGGAAUUCCGAAGCCCACAAAGCCAAUAGUUAAGAAGCCCUUAGUAAUAUCGAAGGUGUCAGCUGUGGCACGACCAGUGGCUGCCAAAGUCCCCAGCAAAGAGCCUGCCAAGCCCCUGAGAGUCACCAGUUCACUGCCAACGAGUGCUGUACAGAAGAGAAAAGUCAGCAGUGCUGUGCCCCAGGAGCCGCAGGUCAAGAAGAGGAAGAUUGUGACGAAAGUCGUGGAGAUUGACAGUGACAGCCAGGAGGAGUGGACGACGCAGAUGCAGAAGAGGUUGAAGGCAACUGGCAAUGGGACAGCUGUCAAAGCACCUCCGAGAUCUCCAGUGAAGGCUGAGAGUGGCAAGAAGACGUUCGAGCUGAAGAGAACUGUCUUUGACAGGCUGGGGGACAGCUCUGUCACCAGCACCACCAGCUCCACUGGUGCCAGUGAGGCCAAUCCCACGUUCAACAUCACUGGCCUUGGGGACGUUCUCAAGAGGAACUCCAGUGUUUUUCAUCGACUCGGGGACAAGGAUGCCAAGAGGGAGGAGAAGUCUGCGGGGAUUUUGAAGAAUGGUGUGGCUGCGGGGAAUGGACAGCUCCAGGGAAUUCUCAAGAGUAAGGGCUCCAACUUGAGGGGGACUAUGGUCAAGUUGAAAACGAUCUCCAGUCCUGGAAGGGUUGGGGGGGGGACUAUGCAUGCGGAUCAUGAGGGGAGCAAGAGCAGUGUAUCGACUAGUGUUAAGCAGCUGGUCAAGACCACCAAGGCCAUGAAGCUGGGGGGACAGAGGAAGGUCAAUGUCAGGAGCAAAUUGGCUUCAGAAUCGGGAUCAGUGCCAGCGAAAGCUCGCCUGGGCACAGCAGGACAGAAACAAGUGACAUUCAACAGAGUAACGACAGUAAAACACAUAAAGAAGCCCGGAGUAUUCAGCAGACUUGGGAUUUGAGUGCUCAAGAAUAACUACCUUUUUACGUGUUUUUUAAGUUAUCUAUUGUCCCCAAUAAAUCAAUGAUAGAAUACCUGGAGGAAUUUAUUUUCAUAAAAAAAUCAUUUUCAUCUCUUCACGUGUUCCAUUAACAAAAUUAAUUUCUCUGGUGAUAUUUCUAUCAAAAAUUUUUGAUAUUUGUACAUAACAAAAAUCGACAUUUCUGCAUUAAUUCUUAAGAUUCAUCUCAUCACGCUCAUUUCAUAGAUUGUACGACUAAAAUGUAGAAUAUGAUCUAGGGUAAAAUAAAAUUGAAAGCUGUUAUUCAGAA